AUGGCCUCCCUCACGCCAGCUGUCGACCUGCUGUUGGGCGGCCUCUCGCUCUUUCACCUCUUCGUCGGCCUCACCUUUGUCAUUCCUGCCGACCACAUGCUCAAGAAGCCCGGCGUGCACCACCACCUCAAGGCGGCGCGAGCGCUGCAAUGCCUGCCGCUUCGCACCUUACUCGUCGCCCUCGCGGCGCUCGCGCUGUACCUUUGUCACCUCGCCCACAACGGCUCCGGAAGCGCAGUCCGUGCCGCGGUCGCCUCCUACACCUGGCUCUGCGCCGUCUUCCUUCGGAGGCUUUCCGAGGUGGGCGUCUCGCUCGGAGAGGAGAAGGUGCUUCUGAUUGAGCACGAGGCCCAGCGCGCCGACAUCGCCGCGUUCCAGCCGCCGCCCGCUCGCGCCCUCGCCGCGCUGAUGGCUCCGAUCGAGGCGCUCAUUCGGCCCGACAUAACUGGGUUGGAGCACGUCACCGAGACGCCGUCGCUGUACGUCAUGAAUCACUCCCUCCUCGGCGUCGAGAUGCCCUCCUUCAUCCACGCGCUCUACUCGCGCAAGGGCGUCUUCCUGCGUGGCCUCGCCGACCACAUGCACUUCUCGCUCCCGCAUGGCGAAGUGCUGCGCGCCCUCGGCGCUGUGGACGGGACGCGCGAGAAUGUGGAUGUGCUCAUGGGCGCGCGGCAAAACGUGCUCGUCUACCCGGGCGGCGCCCACGAGGUGCUAAAGCACUCUGCCACGCCAAAGUACUCCCUGCUCUGGAAGCAGCGGCUCGGCUUCGCUCGGAUGGCGAUCAAACACGGCUACCCUCUCGUCCCGUGCGCCGCCGUCGGCACCGAGGACAUGCUCUCCAUCGUCGCGGACCUGCCGGUCGGCUUCGUCCGGAAGGAGCUGAGCCUUCCUCUCGCCGCGCCGCCCAGCCCCGCUCGCAUCCAGAAGAUCUACUUUUGGUUCGGAGAGCCAAUCCCGACCGCGCAGUUCGGCGGCGACUGGCAGAAUGACGCAUUCGCGAUCGAGGUGCGCGACCGCACACGGGCCGCGGUGGAGAGCGGCAUCGCCAUCCUCCUCGAGAAGCAGGAGACCGACCCGGACCGCUUCUUGAUGGAGCGGUUUGGAGCCAGGGCCAAAGAGGAAUGA